AUGAAAGGAGUUACAGUGGUAAGUGCACCUACUAAAACAAGAAAAUUAGUGAUUUACCAUAUGUCAUUCCCAUGGCCACUAUCAGAUAGAGAAUUAGUAGUAACUUUCAACGCCCUGCCGAACCCUGAAGAUAAAUCGUGCACCAUAGUGAUGGCUACACCACAAACGAGUACUUAUCUGAACUCAGAAAUUCCACCUUGUGAUAGAGGCAAUGUAAGAAUAAAUGUACCAAUUGGUUGCCUAUAUGUGAAAUAUUUGUCAGAAAAUUUAACUAGAGUAGUGUUUGUUGUGUCUGCUAAUUCAAAUAUUGUAUAUUUUAUUUAGAGGUAUCUUCCACGGUGGCUUGUAAACUUUGGAUCUAAGCAUAUAAUGUAUUCAAUGAUGGCAACAUUAAGAAACAAAAUAGAAAAUUUCGAAGGUAGCAUAUACGAAAAAAGAGUGCAAGAAAAGCCAGAAUAUUACAACUUUCUUAGGGAAAAAAUAGAUAUAAGCCUUCAUCAUUAA